AUGGAGGCAGUUCUAUCUGCAAUUUCUGGCGAAAUAUUGAGCCGACUCAUCUCCUUCGUAAUCAAGAAACACACCGACAGGUCAUGUGUGGAAGAGAAGCUGGAAAGGCUUGAGCAUCUCCUGCUGAGAGUCCAUACCGUGGUCGAGGAGGCCGAGGGACGAUACAUCACCAAUUCCAAGAUGCUUGUACAGCUCAGGAUGCUUGUUGAUGGCAUGUACCAAGGCUACCAUGUGCUCAACACCUUCAGGUUCAAGCCUGCUGAGGAAGCCCCACUCCAAAACCAGGUGACACAAUCAUCUGCCUUGCCAACUCCUCUUAAGCGCACUCGUGCAGCAGCUUCCAGCAUCAGGACUACCAAAGCUUCCAACCAUGCGCUACAAGCUUCUCUGGAAAAAUUGGAAACCCUUGUUUCAAAUAUGACAGAGUUUGUCAUUCUAUUGGGUGGAUGCAAUCAGAUGUAUAAAAGACCCUAUGACACCUAUAUCUACAUUGACAAUUUCAUGUUCAGUCGCGUCGUGGAGAAGCAGGAGCUGAUCAACGCCCUGUUGCAAGACAACGCUCCUGUAGGUGUCCCAGCUGUUGUACCAGUAAUUGGUGCGUACAGAGCCGGGAAGAAAAGCUUAGUUGGGUAUGCUUGCAAUGAUGAUAUGGUUCGCUCUCACUUCUCCUCGGUAUUGCAUUUCAAGAGCAGCAAGUUUCUGAAUAUGGGCGCAGGAAGCAAAGUGAUCAUCUUAAGCAGGUUCCAAGAGAUAGCAAGGUUUGGAACUGUAAAGCCAAUCAUCCUCAGAAGCUUGUCAGAUGCAGAGUUUUCUUACCUCUUCAUGACAUACAUAUUUUCUCAAUAA